AUGGCGUCUCACAGCGAUUCCGCAUACCUUAAGGCCUUCGCCCUGGCCUCCACCUUCUACUUGGGCUCAGCAAUGGCGACAACGACCUUCCUCGUCUUCCCACCCAUGCUACGACCAUUACUGUACAAGUCGCCAUCACAACCGCAACCUCCAACGCCGUCAAUUACGCGUCCAUCACCAUCUCUUAAUGUUCCUCAGACGCCAAUCGAAUCCGGUCGUCUUACACCCACAGUCUCAACUCGCGGCUUCGACUUCGCCUUGGCACUUGGAAGCUCCGGCGCAUACAAAGCUGUAGCGCAACAAUUCUCUGCUAUGGAGACAGCCAUGUUCCGCGUACAGGUGCCCCUUGAACUUGCGACAAUUGCUGCUUUCGGAGUGGUAGCACACAGAGCGAGAGUUGCUGGAAACGGAAUUUGGACGCGCUGGGCUACCGCUGCGGCAUUGGUCGCUGCAAUCUUUCCGUUUACAGGCACUUUGAUGGCGCCUUUGGGACACAAAGUUGCAAGAGUUGCUGGCGACGAAGAGAAGGUUGAGCCGUAUGAAGAUGCGCCGAUUGAUAGGGAGGCGGAGAAGAGCAAUACUGUGCAGUUCAUCAAGAAGUUCGCCGCUCUGAGCAUUGCAAGGACUGCAAUCGUCGUGGGUGCGGGGCUUGUUGGAGUCAGCGCCUGGUUGGCGUAA